GCGAGUCUCCAUGGCGGCGGCGGCGGCGGCGGCAGGGCCGGUGUUCUGGAGGCGGCUGCUGGGCCUUCUGCCUGGCCGCCCCGGGCUGGCUGCGCUCCUGGGGCGCCUGUCCGACCGCCUCGGCAGGAACCCGGACCGCCGGCGCAGGAGGUCACCAUGGCUGCUGUUGGCUCCUCUGCUGUCCCCCGCGGUCCCCGCGGUCACCUCGCCUCCCUGCUGCCUGUGUGCAGAGGGCGUGCAUCGCUUCCAGUGGAUCAGAAACCUGGUUCCAGAGUUUGGCGUCUCCAGCUCUCACGUCAGGGUGCUUUCUUCCCCAGCAGAGUUUUUUGAGCUCAUGAAGGGGCAGAUAAAAGUAGCCAAGAGGCGGGUCGUGAUGGCAUCCCUCUACCUGGGGAUAGGUCCUCUGGAACAGGAGCUGGUGGAUUGCCUAGAAAGCACUCUAGAAAAGUCACUCCAGGCGAAGUUUCCUUCCGACCUCAGGGUGUCCAUCCUCUUAGACUUCACGAGGGGCUCGAGAGGAAGGAAGAACUCGCGCACGAUGCUGCUCCCGCUCCUGCAGAGGUUUCCAGAACAGGUCCGCGUCUCGCUUUUCCACACGCCUAACCUGCGUGGGCUUCUGCGGCUCCUCAUCCCUGAGCGCUUCAAUGAGACCAUUGGCCUGCAGCACAUCAAGGUGUACCUCUUCGACAACAACGUCAUCCUCAGCGGUGCAAACCUGAGUGACUCCUACUUCACCAACCGGCAGGACCGCUACGUGUUCUUGCAGGACUGUCCCGAGAUCGCCGACUUCUUCACGGAGCUGGUGGACGCGGUAGGGGACGUGUCCCUGCAGCUGCAGGGGGAUGACACGGUGCAGGUGGUCGAGGGGAUGGUGCAUCCUUAUAAAGGUGACCGGGCUGCGUACUGCAAGGCGGCCAAUAAGAGGGUCAUGGACGUGAUCAACUCUGCCAGGACACGCCAGCAGAUGCUGCACGCCCAGACCUUCCACAGCGACUCCCUCCUGACCCAGGAGGACGCCGCCGCCGCUGGAGACCGGAGGCCGGCCCCUGACACCUGGAUCUACCCCCUGAUCCAGAUGAAGCCCUUUGAGAUUCAGAUCGACGAGAUUGUCACCGAGACCCUGCUGACAGAGGCCGAGCGAGGUGCUAAGGUCUACCUCACCACUGGCUACUUCAACCUGACCCAGGCCUACAUGGACCUGGUCUUGGGCACGCGGGCCGAGUACCAGAUCCUGCUGGCCUCGCCGGAGGUGAACGGCUUCUUCGGGGCCAAGGGGGUGGCGGGCGCCAUCCCGGCCGCCUACGUGCACAUCGAGCGGCAGUUCUACAGUGAGGUGUGCAGCCUGGGGCAGCAGGAGCGGGUGCGGCUGCAGGAGUACUGGCGCAGGGACUGGACGUUCCACGCCAAAGGCCUCUGGCUGUACCUGGCAGGGAGCAGCCUGCCCUGUCUCACGUUGAUUGGCUCUCCUAAUUUUGGGUACAGGUCGGUUCACCGGGACCUGGAGGCCCAGAUUGCCAUCGUAACGGAGAGCCGGGCCCUGCAGCAGCAGUUUCACCAGGAGCAGGAGCAGCUCUACGGCAGGGCAGGUGUGGUGUCCUCUGCCACCUUUGAGCAGCCAAGCCGGCAGGUGAAGCUGUGGGUGAAGAUGGUGACUCCGCUGAUCAAGAACUUCUUCUGAGGACGGCAGGGAUGGCCUUGAUGAAGAUGACGGGCAUGGCUGGCGUCAGCUCUUUCAGCCGCGCUUCGGCGAUGACUCCGAUCUGGGUGUCCCAGCGAGCUCCUGCAGGGGCGGCACGUCUGAGGGUCAGGGUGGCCCGCGGUGAGGUGACUGGCUCGCGCCCCCACCCCUGCUGAGAUGGGCCAGAGCCGGACUGGCACCAGGAUCACCACACAUGGGGCUGCGAGCGGAGGGCGUGGCGGGGGCGUGUGUGUCUCGCUGAGAACGUCCGGGGGCCGGCUUAGCCCUGAACCAUUGUUUACAUUCGUGGUGUUUUCAGAGCCUCGUGUGUCAGCCGCCUUGAUUUCGGGGGCAGGAAAUCGUAACUCCAGCUCAAAGUGACCGAUUAAAGCUCUCCGCUCCCCUCCCCUGUGGCGUCUGUCCCGUGUCCCUGCGCAGUAUAAAUGUGUAUACGUACAUAGAACUGUUGUUGCCUUGAACCAGAGUUAUUUCUACUCACCCUAUUUAAUGACGCUGAGAUUUCCUGUAAUUCCACAAUAAACAUGGAGAACGUC